AAACAUAAUUUUAAUAUGCUUAUCUAUCUACUCAUAAGGAUUGCAAGAUUGACGUGCGCGUUGUCGUGUUCAUUUUAUGGAUCGUGCUAAAACAUAGUUGUUUAUUAAUGUUAGUUUAGAUGUUAUAUUUAUUGUUGUAACAAAAAAAAAAUGGCGGAGUAGAUUGAUCAAAUUUGUGUAGGGCGUUAAACAUACAAAACAGAACAGGGUAAUACUAUAAUCUAAUAAUGUAAAAUGUUAAAUAUCGAUUAUAAACGUGUGUGUUAGAGAAAUGGUUUUAACAAUAUGAUCUUGGAUAUUCUAUCCGGUGUACGGUAAGAUUCAUACAUUGUGCAUAUGAAGCAACCCCUGGUAAAAGCGAUAUUAUGAUAGGUCGUGAUGCAUUUCUCAUCUCCAUGCACUGUUGGGUGCCGACGCCCAUCUCCACCACAAGGAUGGGUUUCGUCCGACCAAUAAAUAUUCGAAACUAAUCAAGGCAUAACCAGUGUUAUCGCCCUCUCGUCUAUAUAUCUGAAAUCCAUGUUUAAUAAUUCUAUUAUAUGUAGUCCCAUUGAUAUAUGGGUGAGUAUAUUGAUUAUUAACCCCAUAGCUCUUCAAUUACAGAACCGUUAUUUCGUUUGAGACAUUUUAUUAUUCAUUCCAGCCUUAUAGCAUAUGAGAGGGAUUAAGUCAUCGGAUCUACAGCAGAAUGACACUCAAGCAAAGGAUGUUGGCCUAUUGUGCCACCUCCUUUGGAUUUUCAGUGUUGAGUUCAGUUUUUGGCUUUUAUUAUGUGAAAGUUUUUCUCAACUAUUAUAAGAUUGAGGAAGGAUGGUUCCAGUUUGCUCAAAUGUUGUAUUUAGUGUGGAAUACUCUAAACGACCCUUUAUUUGCAUAUUUCCAAGAUACAGCAAAUUUUAGAUUGACGAAAACAAGAAGAGAAGCAAUCUUGUAUACGGCUCCAUUAUUUUCUUUGAGUUUUAUAAUAACAUGGUUUCCAUGGGCUCAUGGAACGUGGGUCACUGGGUUACAUUUGAUAACAGCUUUGUGUUUAUAUGAUACUUUCUAUACUUUCAUUGGGUUGGCACAUUGCUGUCUUUUCACGGAGAUUUCUUCGGAUCCUAAGAUACGUCUUCAGCUUACGCAAUGGUCAAACGUCACAGCUCUCUUAUCAUCAUGUUCUGUGUUUAUCUGUGAAUUUACAUCCGACAGUUUGAAGUCGUUUCCGGCAUUUCAGUUCACAGCAGUUGUGUUAGCGAUUGUGUCUGCCAUAUUGAUGAUCUAUACUGGAUUAUAUGCUCAUACUGAACGGGAUUUGACACCAAUGGAGGACAAUUCUACAAAACCAGAAGAAGCUUCUUCCGGACUGUCAGUAUGGCGCCUGACUUGGCAGAUUUUGUCAGAGAGAAAUUUUAUUUCUUUCGUUGUAGUAAAUUUCUUACAAUCAUUCUUACUUACUUUUAAAUCGAAUUUUCUUGCUAUAAUAUGUGACGAGUUAAUACCAGACGAUGUUGUAUCCUCGUCAUUACGAAAAACAUUUUAUGGAUCUCUGAAUAUCACCACAUCGGUGAUUGUUAUCUUUGGUGUACCACUUGUUCAAAAUAUUGGAUACAGUAAAACAAUAAAAUGGAGUUUUAUAUGGAAAAUAUGUUCCGGUUUAAUAAUGUUUGUGUUAGGUCGUCAAUAUGUUGUCAUUAUGAUGAUAUUUGUUUUAUUAGAUAGUGCCUUUGCUGGAGCAGCAAGAGGUUUUUUCAACUUUCCACUGGCAGAUAUAGCUGAUCAUGAUAUGGAAAAAUACAAGAGAAGACAUCAGAUGACAUCCAUGGUAUUUGGAACAAAUGCUCUUAUUGUUAAACCUGCUCAAUCUCUGUGUCCAAUGUUAACAGUAGCCAUUUUAAACAGAUAUGGUUAUGAAGUUCACAAGGCGGGAAAACUUGACCCAGAAGCAAUAGAUAAUCUUAAAGAUACGAUGUUUUUAUUGUUAUGUGGCUAUUCUAUUGUCUUAGGAUGUAUUCAGUUACUUAGUUGGUCUCUGUAUGUUUUACGACCCAGAAUAUAUAAAAAGGAUUCUAUUAUAUAAAAUAUGCUAUUCCAUUAUUAACCUUACCGUUGUACAUAUUGAUUUGAAUUACUAAUGCUGUUACUGUCUUUCAAUUUUUUGUUUAGUAAAAAUCGACAAUAUUUGUUUUUAUUGUAUAUAGUAUAUAUGUUAUUAAAGCCGCAGGGCGUCAUUUUACA